AUGGCCGGCAGUGGGGAGCACGGUGGCGGCAACCCGCGCAAUCCCGCGGGCAGGGGAGAGCCAGCGGAACAGAGGCGGGCGGAAAACGGCUGCCACGCGGACGGGGAGUGCGCGCUUGGCGAGAGGGGGGAGGCAGCGGGGGCGACGGUCCAAGCGGGCAGCGCGCAUGCCGAUCGGCAGCGCGGAGAGGAGCCGGCGGCAGCAAGCAGCGAUGCGGCAAACGGGUGGCUUGUGCUUGACGGCGAGCGGAAAGCGGCAGGGUCGAGCGGGGUCGCGGAGGCGGGUCGGCAUCGCAGCAGCAGCCUUGGCGAUUCCCCGCAGCAGGUAGACGACGAGUACGCGGAGCCGUAUCAGUUCGCGCAGUCGCUCGUGUCGCUGUCGCACAACCCCGACUCGCCCGUCAUCAGCAACUGCGCCACGUGCGGCCGCCACGGACCGCCUGGCUCGUGCGCAUGUGCGCCGCUGACUCCGCUUCGACAGCGCGGCGCAGCAGCGGCGGGAUCGGGCGGACGUGACUAUAGCGACGUGCCGCAAUUGAAGUCACGGGGUACCGCGGACGUGCAAGUGGCGCAGAGUGCGCGCAUACGGGUGACAACUGCGGUGGCAGCAGGGGGCGAGGCGGUACAGGAGAGAGGCGAGAAGCGCAUGGCGCAACAGCAGCAGCAGCAGCAGCGCGCGCUGAGAUUCGCGUCCAGCGUGGACGUGCGGAGGAUCGCCGCGGCGGGCGGCAGCAGCGACAAGCUGGCGAACGGCGCGCGCGCGGAGGGCGGGGAGAGUAGGGCGCAGCAGCAGGUGGCGCAGAAGGCGUGGGCGGAGGGGUUCGACGCGAUCGAGCGCGGGCUGGUGGCGGCGGUGAAGGGGUUCGCCAUCGGCGCGGGGCUGCGCGGCGGACUGUCGCUCUUCAGCCUGCUGGGGCGACUCAGACGCCGGCGCGCGCGCAUUGCCUCAGGCGACAAGGACGCAGCAGCGGCGGCGGGCGUGUGGGAGGGCGUGGUGGGAGUGGUGCGCGAGGGCGUGCGGUACGGCAUGUUCGUGGGCACGUUCGCCGGCUCCUACUGCGUGCUGGACGAGGGCAUUGCGGCCGUGGGCGGACACGACAAGGGGUUUCGGUUGGGGGGGAAGAAUGUGCUGGACGAGGGCAUUGAGGCCGUGGGCGGACAGGAGAAGUACUUACAUGGAGCGCAUGCGUGCAUGCACGCACUCCUUGCCCUACAUCCAUCACAUCAACCGCGACACACUAUCACUCCCGUUCACUCCAUACUCUCCGUCCCAUAUGCCCUUGCCUUGCCUCAUCGUGUCACUCCACAUGGCCCCCCUCCCCUUCGCCUCUCCAUUCCACCCCUGCUUUCUCCCCGCUCGCCCGCCCUCUCCCACACAAUCGCCCUGCCCGCGCACACCUGCCUGAGCAGAACGCGCAGGUGGCGGGCGCUGCUGGCAGGGGCAGCAGCAGCGCCGUCGCUCCUGCUAGCGGGGCCCAACACGCGGCACACGAGUCUGGCGCUCUACGUGCUGCUGCGCGCCGUGGUGCUGGCGGUGCGGUGCGGCAUCAAGAGCCCCUCCUGGGGCUGGCUCUUCCGCCCGCUCACCUGGCGCCAUGGCGACACGCUGCUCAUGUGCAUCUCCGCCGCCCAGAUCCUGUCAGUCUCUCCCCUCUCUUCCCUCUGCCCGCCCUCCCCCCCGCCUCACGUCCCCCUGCCCUUUCUCCCCUGUCCGCCCGCUGACCUGGCGCCAUGGCGACACACUGCUCAUGUGCAUCUCCUCCGCUUAUCAGAUCCUGUCAGUCCCGCCACUCCCUCCCCCUCUGCCCUCAAUUCGUUCUGUCCUCACUUCCCCUGCUUUCUUUUUCCUCUGCCUUCCCUUCCCUCUACCCUCCGUCCCCCUCUGCCCUCCCUCCCCUCUACCCUCCCUCCCCUCUCCCCUCCCUCCCCUCUGCUCUCCCUCCCCUCUACCCUCCCUCCCCUCGCCUUCCCCCCCCUCCGCCUUCCCUCCCCUCCGCCUUCCCUCCCCUCCGCCCUCCCUCCCCUCUGCCCUCCCUCCCCUCUACCCUCCCUCCCCUCUACCCUCCCUCCCCUCUACCCUCCCUCCCCUCUGCCCUCCCUCCCCUCUACCCUCCCUCCCCUCUGCCCUCCCUCCUCUCUGCCCUCCCUCCCCUCUGCCCUCCCUCCCCUCUACCCUCCCUCCCCUCUACCCUCCCUCACCCUCUACCCUCCCUCCCCCUCUACCCUCCCUCCCCCUCUGCCCUCCCUCCCCUCUACCCUCCCUCCCCUCUACCCUCCCUCCCCUCUACCCUCCCUCCCCUCUGCCCUCCCUCCCCUCUACCCUCCCUCCCCUCUGCCCUCCCUCCCCUCUACCCUCCCUCACCCUCUACCCUCCCUCCCCCUCUACCCUCCCUCCCCCUCUGCCCUCCCUCCCCUCUACCCUCCCUCACCCUCUACCCUCCCUCCCCUCUGCCCUCCCUCCCCUCUACCUUCCCGCUCCCUCUACCCUCCCUCUCCCUCUGUCGUCUCUGCUGCUCUGUCCAGCCACACAGCCUGCCGGCCCGCCCCCCCACCCUCUCCCACUCCCUUCGUCCCAUGCAACCCCUCUCCCCCGUCUCCUCCGUCUCCCCCCUAUCUCCCCUCUCCCCAUUGUCCCCCGUCUCCCCGGUCUCCCCCGUCUCCCCCGUCGUCCCCACCUCCCCUCCCCGUGCGUUCCACUCCCCCCAGCUCCGAGUGGAUGCUGGAGCCGCAUAGCCUACCAGCCAGCCUUCCCACCCUCUCCCUCUCCCUCUCCCUCUCCCUCUCCCUUUGUCUCAUGCUACCCCUCUCGCCCCCCAGCUCCGCGUGGAUGCUGGAGCCACACAGCCUGCCAGCAACAUACGUGUCCUUCCUGAACAAGCACGGCGGCAAGCCGCCCUGCGUGUACCAGGCCAUGAGCCAGAUGGCUCUGCACGGACGCGUCACCCCUGCCUGCAGUGCGGACCUGGAUAAGAUGCUUGCGCGCAGGGGGGGGAAGGGGUGGAGGAGCGGGGGGAAGGGGGGGAUGAAGCUGCCAUGGACACGUGUUGUGCCGAUGCAUGAAGCUUCCAUUCCCUGCGAUGUGAGUCACAUGCAUGCCAUGCUUGCCCUGCAUGCCCUGCCCACCAUGCCCACCUUGCCCACUGUGCCCGCCAUACCCUCCAUGCAUACUAUGCCCGCCAUGCCCACAUUCAGUCCCCACACUUCUUUCCUGCACCCGGGCGGGUGGUGCGGGUGGCACUUCCUCUCCUUCCUGCCAGCAGCGUACAUGAGGGCUGUGCCCGUCUAUGUGCCAGUCUACCUCGUCUCUGCACUGCUCGUGCACCGCUCCUCCCUCCUUCGCCAGCCUCUGUCCAUAGCACUGCGCACGGCUCUGGGAGCAGCGCGCUCCUCGCUCUUCCUUUCCACCUACUGCGGCGCUGCCUGGUGCUGCUCCCCCUCCUCUCCUUCCCCUCCGCCCCCCUUCCCCCCCUUCCCCUCAGCCCUCCUUUCCCCAGUUCCCCUCCGCCCCCCUUCCCCCCCUUCCCUCCUCCCCUCCUCCCCUCCUGCCCGUUUUUUUCCCUCUUGCCCGUUUUUUUCCCUCCUCCCCUCCUCCCCUCCUCCCCUCCUCCCCGCUGUUUUUACAAUCCUAACCACCUUGCUCCUCGUGCCUCCAUCUGGCCCCCCCACCCCUGCUCGUCUGCGCAUCCCUGCUUCCACGCACCACUCUCGUCUCCUGCUUCCCAUUGAAUUCUCUCUCCUCUGCUCCCGUCCACCCAUUCCUACGAGCCCUUUCACCCAUUCACCCUUUCACCCUUACGCACUUGCACGCGUUUGCCUAAAGCCCCUUCACAUGCCAUGCUUCCUGCUUCCUUUGCUCCUAUGUCCUGCCAUCACAUGCCGCCCAGUUCCCCCGAGACUGCUCUAUGCCAUUUAUUCACUGCCAUCUGUGCCGCCCAAUGCCUCUCAUGCCGCCCAAUGCUUCCCAUGCCGCCCAAUGCCUCCCAUGCCGCCCAAUGCCUCCCAUGCCGCCCAAUGCCUCCCAUGCCGCCCAAUGCCUCCCAUGCCGCCCAAUGCCUCCCAUGCCGCCCAAUGCCUCCCAUGCUGCCCAAUGCCUCCCAUGCCGCCCAAUGCCUCCCAUGCCGCCCAAUGCCUCCCAUGCCGCCCAAUGCCUCCCAUGGCACCCAUCCAUCCUCCCAGGUUCUGGACGUGCAACAUUCACCAGUUGGUUGGCAAGUGCACGCGGGCAACCAUGGCUGGUGGCGCGGUGAGUGUGCCAUGCAUUGAAGCGGGUGGGGAAGGGGGGACAGAGGAAGGGGGAGGGGAUAGUGCAACAUCAUGGAGCAUGUUGGAGUUUGGGUGCUUUGAGAAGGGGGGGGUAGUUGAGGUACUACUCGAGAAGAAGUCCCAUCACAUGGAGCUCGCACUCUACUGCUUCUUGCAUGCCGUCCCAUCUUCUUUCAUCUGCCUUGCCUCCCUCCCACCCCUCCCCUCCCUUACACCCCCCCCUUCACAGUUCCUGUGCGGGCUGGCAGUGCUGCUCGAGAAGAAGUCGCGACGCAUGGAGCUGGCGCUCUACUGCUUCUCGCGCGCCAUCGAGUCCUUCUUCAUCUGCCUCGCCUCCUGGGGCGUCCUCCCGCCCCUCUCCUCCCUCGCCCUCUUCCCCGCCCUCGCCAAGCGCUACCUCUCCGCCAAGCCUGCUGCGGGAGCACCUGCAGCUGCCAGAGGGGCGGGAGGUGCGGGAACAGGCAGCAGAGCAACAGCAGGAGGGUGCAGGGGGGGAGGGAUCGUGAAGGAGUCGCUAAGCGGAGUUCUCCCAGUGGCGGCAGCGGUGCUGCAGCCGCACGCUCUCCUAGACGUGGCGUUACUGGCAGCAGCAGCGGGGGUGAUCAUGCAGUGCUACCAGAGCGAGAGGGACGUGUUCCGCUCCAAGUACCUCAACGUACUGGACUGGAUCUUUGGAGUGCCCAAGGGGCAGAAGGCUGCCUCUGAGCUCUACCGCCGCCGCUCCCCUCAGGUGCACGCGCUGGAGCAUGCCAAGCCGCGCUCGCUGUCGCUCCCGGCCUUCUCCCUGCCCGCUUCUGCUGCUGAUGCUGCUGCUGGUGGUGUGGCUUCUGUUCAGCUCACUCCUUGCAAUGCGCAACUACAUGUGUUCCAGCUGUUGAGCUACCGGUAG